UUAACAGAUUCUGUAUGCCUUGAGAAGUGCCAGAAACGUCUGAAAAUGAUUUAUAGCGCAAAGAACAAAGUCAGAAUCAUUCCAUGGGACCAAAGCUCUGCUGUUGAUAUUGAUGAGAUUUACACACAGUUGACUUGGCUUAAGGAUCACAGGAAACCCAGUGGUGUGACACAAAACAAGCUUGGAAGCUACACAGAGAUAUUCAACGGUGGAAAGCGACUUUUGGUUUAUGGCAGGCCAGGUAUGCACUCUAAUUUUUUUUUUUUAUUAUUUCAAGCACUGCAUGUGGAGGAAUUUAAAAAGUACCAAGUGAGGUACUCAACAAAUGUUUAUAUGGGGAGGCUUCGCCCCGAGGUCCAAACCAUUACCCUUGGCAUGUAGUACUUCCAGGAACACUGGAACGCCCAAAAAACCCGGAACACCGCUUAAAACCCGGAACACCGCCCAGAAAACCCGGAACUCCCCCCAGAAAACCCAGAACACCCCCCAGAAAACCCGGAACACCCCCCAGAAAACCAGGAACACCCCCAGAAAACCAGGAACAUCUUCCAAAAUACCAAGAAAAGCGCAAAAUCUCUAAAACCAUAUCGCGCAAGUAUGUUACAAAAUAGGUUUUUGCUGCGUGGUACUCGUACGAAAUUAUAAGUACUAAAAAAUGUAUGUGUCGAGUGCCAAAUUUCAAUGUGAAAUUAUCAGACGUUUCGGGAAUAACCCCUUCAUCAGUGUAAAAUGUCUGCCUCAAAAAAUAACGCCAAAGCUUGCGCUUAGCACUUGUGUGCGCGCUGUUCAAAAAUAAACAAAACACAUGCGAACGCGCGCGCUUAACGCACCUAAGUGACUGUCCGAACAGACAUGCCAAAACAUCCUGGUAGAAAGGGUGGUGUCCCUUCCACAGCUAGAAGAUCAAGCCUCAAGCUAGCAAUAAAUGGACGGGUGAAGCGUUUAUAUCCUCAAAGCAGUAUUCCUAAUAUAAAUCCCUUCCUUUUAAAACAAAUGAAUUUCCGAAUAAAAGUUUGUCAAGGUUGCAGGGGACCACUUCAGUCAUCAUUAGGAACAGUUACAGACGCACCAUUUGAUUUUUGUGUGGCCAGAAAGGAGCGGCGGACUUACAAAGACCCUCAAACGGGACAGUUAUGCACGCGCGCUCGGGAAUCGGAUGCACAUUAUCACCUUCGGGUUGCGUGCAUUCAAGCAGCUGAGCCGUCAUUUGUGCCGUGUUCGCUGGUCAUCCCCGACAGAUUGCCUCUCACAGAGUGCCACAAAAACUACAUUACAAAAGAGUUCGGUCUGAGAGCCUGUUGGAUUUAAUUCAUGUCAUUAUUAUUAUUAUUUUUUUCAUGUUUCUGUGCUUUGUUUGACCGGUUUAUAUAGCUGUUGAAGUUCAAUUUUAUAUCUGCUUCCACUUUAUUAUUCUUUGUUUUAGAUAUGUUUUGCAUGGUAAUAAGUUAAAAGUGAAAAAUAAAAGUUAACUAAAGAUACAAAUGAAUCCCAACAUAAAAAAACAAAUCUUUUCGUGUAACGCUUGUACGCUGUAAUUAAUUUGCUUGACAUCGUUUCCAUUUAAACACUAAUAAGUUUAGAAACUUUUUUGUAUAAUCAUCUUAGGAUCAACCCAUGAUUUUAAAGUGGAUUCCUCUUUCUACGAUAGUGCUUGACGUUAAGUUGCACUGAAAAGAUGUUUAGUUGCCGAGAAAGAGUUGUUUCAUUAAAGAAACCAACAAAAGGUAGAGCAAUUGUAUUGUAAUUGAAAGCCUCGUGUCUUGGCUCUUUUAAAUUGUUCCUAUUCAUGGUUCUUAUUUUCAUAUUACUUCGCGUCCUCUUUCAUUUUUUUAUUUUUAUUUUAUUUAUUUAGUUUUUUAGAUUUUGCGCUUUUCUUGGUAUUUUGGGGGGUGUUCCAGGCUUUUUGGGGGGUGUUCCUGGUUUUCUGGGGGGUGUUCCGGGUUUCUGGGGGAGUGUUCCGGGUUUUCUGGGGGAGUGUUCCGGGUUUUAGGUGGUGUUCCGGGUUUUUGGGGUGUUCCGGGACGUUCCGGUGUUCUGGUGUUCCUGGAAGUACUACAUGCCAUUACCCUUUCAUGUACCAUUUUUCACGAAAAAAAGGUACCCCUUUCAUAUACCUUCUAUUGACAAAUGGUACCCCUUUCACAAACCUUGUUUGCGACUUUGCAUCCCUUUUAACUGCUGUAAAUGCACUGUCUUUUCAGUAGGAAUCAGUCACAAAAAUAGAAUGUUUUCUCGACUUUAUAAGCCAUAAAAUUCAUCUGUGAGCCCUUUUGGGCCCUUUUCACAGGCCCAAAUGACAGAUUUCCCUACCCUUUAUUAAUAUACUACAACUAGUGAAAUCCCUGCCCUUUCAUAUACUUGAAGCCUGAAAAAGAUACCCCUUUCGGGCAGAGCCUCCCCGUAUAGGCCAUCAUAGGGAGUACCCCCCUCCCCUGGGAUAUUUCAAUCGAUUCUUGUCUAACAAUCCUAGCCUCAUAAUCCUUCUUCAGUUGAGUGUAUUUUACUGUUGUACCCCUUUCAAACCUUCCAUUGAGAAAUGCUAGUGGAAUCUAUAUCUUCAGUGGGUUCUCGGAGAAAAAGUCACUGGGUUGGUUUACCACUGGGUUUUUCAACUUAGUUGUGUAUUUCCCAUAAAAGCAGGAAGGGGUGGUAGGCCUUACAUUUUUACAGUCAUGAAAACUUUGAACACUUUAUAUAAACGAUUUACAGUUUUUUAUGUGAGACUGACUACUUGUACCCUCCCUAUUUUUUUUUUGUCAGUGGUAAUAAUGUUUUAUAUCUUUGCUUCUUUUAAACAAAUAUGAGCAAUGAAAUACACCGGUCUUGAAGAAGUCGUGAUAGAAAGUGACUGGGGAAGCAAAAAGUCAGCCGGGUAGAAACAAACUAUUCUCCAGGUAUCGGGGAGGCUAAAUUAUCACUGGGUAGACUGGAUUAAACCACUGGGUACGGUUUCAGUGGGUCUUUUACAGAGGGAUGUCAAAUUUGUGCAGGUUCCUGAGUGCCUCAUAAAAAGGUACGGUGGCCAUGUAUUAAAAAUCAGGGCCACCCAACAACUUUUUUUAAAUUAAAAUAACUGAUCAGAGGAGCAAAUAUUACCUAGAAAUGUCCCGUUUUAAAGCUGUCGGAAGGGUAUAAACACCGUCUAAGAUAUUCUGAGUUUACUACUUAUUACUAACCAACUUUCGGGGGUCGUCUUUUACACUUUUUUCCCCAAGAUAUCGCGAUUACCGUUCAAAAAAGGUUUCCUGAAAAUUUCUAUAUUUCUAUGAACAUAUAGCAAUUGUCCUCAAACUUUGACGAGACCCAUCAGGGUAGCUAACAGUUUUGGAUGAGGCGAAAAAGCCACCUAAAACUUUCGUGACGACCAAAGUUUACCUUACCUUGCGAGCACAGGCUACAUUCAGCUCAUGCCGUGGAAAUGACAAGACAUCUGAACAGAUAAAUAGUUUUAAGGGCAGCUCCAAAUUAAUCAACCAUUCUUCUCAAGCAUGGAGAAAACCAUUUGAUUCACUUCUGACCCAUUUUGAAACAUUCGGUCGUAUGGGUGCCCCCCGGGGGGGGGUACUUGGGUAUUUUUUGGGUGGGUAUGUUCCGCCUGGGACUCCAAAUUGGCACCCCAUUCUAAAAAAAAUUUCCCCUAAAAUUGAUACCCCGUUCUAGAAUUCGCCCUAAAACUCAUACCCCGUUCUAGAAAUGGGCCAAUUUUUUAUACUCCGUUCUAGGGUGCGAAGAAUACAACAGUUUGCUUGUUAACGCAUUGAACCGUAUUUUUAAAAGCAAUCUGUCCUUGAAUAAUUUCAAAUGGCUGCUAACAAAACUGGAGCUUUCGUGCGUUCGAAAUAUUAUUUGAAAUUAUCAGACGUUUCGGGAAUAACCCCUUCAUCAGUGUAAAAUGUCUGCCUCAAAAAAUAACGCCAAAGCUUGCGCUUAGCACUUGUGUGCGCGCUGUUCAAAAAUAAACAAAACACAUGCGAACGCACGCGUGCUUAACUCACCUAAAAGACUGUCCGAACAGACAUGCCAAAACAUCCUGGUAGAAAGGGUGGUGUCCCUUCCACAGCUAGAAGAUCAUGCCCCAAGCUAGCAAUAAAUGAACGUGUGAAGCGUUUAUAUCCUCAAAGCAGUAUUCCUAAUAUAAAUCCCUUCCUUUUAAAACAAAUGAAUUUCCGAAUAAAAGUUUGUCAAGGAUGCAGGGAACCACUUCAGUCAUCAUUAGGAACAGUUACAGACGCACCAUUUGAUUUUUGUGUGGCCAGAAAGGAGCGGCGGACUUACAAAGACCCUCAAACGGGAUAAUUAUGCACGCGCGCUCGGGAAUCGGAUGAACAUUAUCACCUUCGGGUUGCGUGCAUUCAAGCAGCUGAGCCGUCAUUUGUGCCGUGUUCGCUGGUCAUCCCCGACGGAUUGCCUCUCACAGGGUGCCACAAAAACUACAUUACAAAAGAGUUCGGUCUGAGAGCCUGUUGGAUUUAAUUCAUCUCAUUAUUAUUAUUAUUAUUAUUAUUAUUAUUAUUAUUAUUAUUAUUAUUAUUAUUAUUAUUAUUAUUAUUAUUAUUAUUAUUAUUAUUAUUAUUUUCGUGUUUCUGUGCCUUGUUUGACCGGUUUAUAUAGCUGUUGAAGUUCAAUUUUAUAUCUGCUUCUGCUUUAUUAUUCUUUGUUUUAGAUAUGUUUUGCAUGGUAAUAAGUUAAAAGUGAAAAAUAAAAGUUAACUAAAGUUACAAAUGAAUCCCAACAUAAAAAAAUAUAACUUGCAAAUCUUUCCGUGUAACGCUUGUACGCUGUAAUUAAUUUGCCUGACAUCGUUUCCAUUUAAACACUAAUAAGUUUAGAAACUUUUUUGUAUAAUCAUCUUGGGAUCAUCCCAUGAUUUUAAAGUGGAUUCCCCUUUCUACAAUAGUGCUUGACGUUAAGUUGCACUGAAAAGAUGUUUAGUUGCCAAGAAAGAGUUGUUUCAUCAAAGAAACUAACAAAAGGUGGAGCAAUUGUAUUGUAAUUGAAAGCCUCGUGUCUUUUAAAUUUGCUCUUUUAAAUUGUUCCUAUUCAUGGUUCUUAUUUUCAUAUUACUUCGCGUCCUCUUUCAUUUUUUUAUUUUUAUUUUAUUUUAUUUAUUUAUUUUUUUUAGAUUUUGCGCUUUUCUUGGUAUUUUGGGGGGUGUUCCAGGCUUUUUGGGGGGUGUUCCUGGUUUUCUGGGGGGUGUUCCGGGUUUCUGGGGGAGUGUUCCGGGUUUUCUGGGGGAGUGUUCCGGGUUUUAGGUGGUGUUCCGGGUUUUUGGGGUGUUCCGGGACGUUCCGGUGUUCUGGUGUUCCUGGAAGUACUACAUGCCAUUACCCUUUCAUGUACCAUUUUUCACGAAAAAAAGGUACCCCUUUCAUAUACCUUCUAUUGACAAAUGGUACCCCUUUCACAAACCUUGUUUGCGACUUUGCAUCCCUUUUAACUGCUGUAAAUGCACUGUCUUUUCAGUAGGAAUCAGUCACAAAAAUAGAAUGUUUUCUCGACUUUAUAAGCCAUAAAAUUCAUCUGUGAGCCCUUUUGGGCCCUUUUCACAGGCCCAAAUGACAGAUUUCCCUACCCUUUAUUAAUAUACUACAACUAGUGAAAUCCCUGCCCUUUCAUAUACUUGAAGCCUGAAAAAGAUACCCCUUUCGGGCAGAGCCUCCCCGUAUAGGCCAUCAUAGGGAGUACCCCCCUCCCCUGGGAUAUUUCAAUCGAUUCUUGUCUAACAAUCCUAGCCUCAUAAUCCUUCUUCAGUUGAGUGUAUUUUACUGUUGUACCCCUUUCAAACCUUCCAUUGAGAAAUGCUAGUGGAAUCUAUAUCUUCAGUGGGUUCUCGGAGAAAAAGUCACUGGGUUGGUUUACCACUGGGUUUUUCAACUUAGUUGUGUAUUUCCCAUAAAAGCAGGAAGGGGUGGUAGGCCUUACAUUUUUACAGUCAUGAAAACUUUGAACACUUUAUAUAAACGAUUUACAGUUUUUUAUGUGAGACUGACUACUUGUACCCUCCCUAUUUUUUUUUUGUCAGUGGUAAUAAUGUUUUAUAUCUUUGCUUCUUUUAAACAAAUAUGAGCAAUGAAAUACACCGGUCUUGAAGAAGUCGUGAUAGAAAGUGACUGGGGAAGCAAAAAGUCAGCCGGGUAGAAACAAACUAUUCUCCAGGUAUCGGGGAGGCUAAAUUAUCACUGGGUAGACUGGAUUAAACCACUGGGUACGGUUUCAGUGGGUCUUUUACAGAGGGAUGUCAAAUUUGUGCAGGUUCCUGAGUGCCUCAUAAAAAGGUACGGUGGCCAUGUAUUAAAAAUCAGGGCCACCCAACAACUUUUUUUAAAUUAAAAUAACUGAUCAGAGGAGCAAAUAUUACCUAGAAAUGUCCCGUUUUAAAGCUGUCGGAAGGGUAUAAACACCGUCUAAGAUAUUCUGAGUUUACUACUUAUUACUAACCAACUUUCGGGGGUCGUCUUUUACACUUUUUUCCCCAAGAUAUCGCGAUUACCGUUCAAAAAAGGUUUCCUGAAAAUUUCUAUAUUUCUAUGAACAUAUAGCAAUUGUCCUCAAACUUUGACGAGACCCAUCAGGGUAGCUAACAGUUUUGGAUGAGGCGAAAAAGCCACCUAAAACUUUCGUGACGACCAAAGUUUACCUUACCUUGCGAGCACAGGCUACAUUCAGCUCAUGCCGUGGAAAUGACAAGACAUCUGAACAGAUAAAUAGUUUUAAGGGCAGCUCCAAAUUAAUCAACCAUUCUUCUCAAGCAUGGAGAAAACCAUUUGAUUCACUUCUGACCCAUUUUGAAACAUUCGGUCGUAUGGGUGCCCCCCGGGGGGGGGUACUUGGGUAUUUUUUGGGUGGGUAUGUUCCGCCUGGGACUCCAAAUUGGCACCCCAUUCUAAAAAAAAUUUCCCCUAAAAUUGAUACCCCGUUCUAGAAUUCGCCCUAAAACUCAUACCCCGUUCUAGAAAUGGGCCAAUUUUUUAUACUCCGUUCUAGGGUGCGAAGAAUACAACAGUUUGCUUGUUAACGCAUUGAACCGUAUUUUUAAAAGCAAUCUGUCCUUGAAUAAUUUCAAAUGGCUGCUAACAAAACUGGAGCUUUCGUGCGUUCGAAAUAUUAUACCCCGUUCUAGAAAAUGCCUCUGAAAUGGAUACCCCGUUCUAAAUCAGGAGCUUCAAAAUCACGACCCCGUUGGGCGGCACAUACCCGCAUAGGUAAUGUAUGGGAGUACCCCCCCCCGGGGGGUGCCCCUGUUCAAAUUUCCAUGGGCAAGAAUAUCAUUUCCUAAAGUCCACAAAUAAAUACAUACUCAAUGGCACUCAUACCAUUUUCCACGGUCUGAAAAUAGACGAAGCUUGUCAGGUACUGUUUCAUGAUUGAGAUAUUUUUAAAAAGCUAGUAUUUGGUUACCGCUAAUGAUCAUCUUAUAAACUGUAUUUUGAAUGAUUUUCAUGCUCAAAGCUCUUGUUUCAGACGUGAUUGUAUCUAUCAAUGUGUUUUAUCUUAGAAGUGCUUGAAUCAGAAAUUGUUUCUCUAACUGUGGUUCAUUUGUUGUUAUCCAGGUAUUGGUAAGACUGUUUUUACCAAGAAAGCCGCUUUUGACUGGUCCCAGCGGAGAUAUCAAGAAACGAUAGGAGCCUUUGAACUUGUCCUUCUGAUAAGAUUACGUGAUGUCUGUAAUCUCCAUGAUGUUCCAUCCAUUUUUAAGGCUUCUCAGCUGCUCGCCAAUGAUGGCAAAAUUUCUGUUGAUGAUCUGUACGACUACGUUCUAAAACAUCAAGAAAAGGUCUUGCUCAUCUUGGAUGGCUAUGAUGAGUACAGUGCUGCAGGGGAGCAAUCGCCUGUUGAUGAAAUUUGGGAGAGAAAUCAACUGAGUGACUGCUGUGUUAUAGUUACCUCGAGACAAAUGACAACUGACAAGUUGAGAUUGCCCAGUGAUGCCCAGUUUGAGAUUAACGGGUUUGACGAUGAGCGCCAGAAACAGUUUGCUCAAAGAUUUUUGAAAGAUGAAGAUGAUGUUCGAAACUUCCGUUUCUACUUGCAGGAACAACACCUUAAAGACUUGGCGGAGAUUCCACUUCUUCUGCUGAUUUUGUGUCUACUCUGGAAAGAAAAAGAUCGCAAAGAACUACCCAAGAAACGCGUAGAAAUCUUCAAUCAGUUCGUUAAGACUUUGUUUCAUCACAUGCAUGAAAAACAGUCUGCUGAAUCGGUGUUUAACAUUGAGGAUUACUCAGCUGAAUUAUAUGCAUUAGGGCGCUUGGCCUUUGAAGCUCUCAUGGAUAAUUGUAUGUACUUCCCGAGAAGUGAAUUACCUAACUACAAUCUGAUCGAGAGGUUGAUUGAAGUGGGCCUUUUUCAAGUUUUGAAUAUGUCAAGUUUAAAUCCUGAAAAGGGUGUGUAUUUCAUUCAUAAAUCCCUGCAAGAAUACCUCGCGGCAAGUUUCCUGAAAGAAGAGCUGAUAUUAUCUAAAAAGAAUGAAAGUACAAAUUCCUUAUCAAAGUUGGACUCGUUUGAAAAGAUCCUCAAAAUGAAUGAAGUGUUAAAAUUUUCUAUUGACCUGUCAGAAGAAGCCGCGCGCGAGAUUGUGAUUCAUCUGAUGAAAAUGGCGUCGAACGAAGAAGGACUCACGAAGUACACCUUCGACAGCGAAGCACCGUCAGAUGAGGAUUUUUCAGAAGACCAAAUAAAUUUUCUAACACUCUCCACACAGUUGUUUUUCUACUGUUCAGCUGAGACAAAAAGAAACCUCUUUCCUACAUUUCUUUCCUCUUUCAAAGGAGUUCUUUUAAUUGAAGCAGACCAGCUAAAUGAUCUUGUGAAAGAAAAGUUAGUUGAAACUACCGUAAACGUAAAUUAUGUUUUUUUCACUUAUAUCGACGAGUAUACAGAGCAAGACUAUAAAAACUUGAUAAUUUUAUCUGAACAAUUAAAGGCUUUCUUUGUAAGUUGUUCAGGAGAAAAGAAAGCAGCAGAAUUUUUAAGCAACUUUACAUGGCGUCCAGUUGAUGAAUUUUUCCUAAAGAAAGAAGAAAACAACACCCACCUGUAUUUUACACAAAUUGUUAAUUCAUUUGGAGUCCGUUGUCUUGCUCAUGAUAUGAUAAAGGCACUAAUAAGUAAACAAGAGACAACAACAAAGAAUAAAAACGUGAAUGGUGAUGAGUCAAGUGAAGAGAGCAGCAGCAGCUGUUGUUCAAAGCGUCAUGGUCUCUCCAGGGUUCGGAGGAUUGAAGCUGAUGAUGUGAACAGGUCAGAAGUGGAACAGCUGAUUGAGAUGAUGCCGAUUAUCACCGCUCCACACAUGAUAUGGGUUGAGGGUAUAUACCGUGAAGUGUUCGAUGCUGAGGUAACAGAGUCUCUGCUGAGGAGCAUCCCAAUAACACACAAACUGGAGACAUUAGAACUCCUUGGUAUUAAUGUAACAUCAUCACCUGCUGUGGAGUUCAUCGACAGGUUAUUUAAACAAGAUCUUCCAAACUUGAAGUGGCUCAACAUGUCAUACAAUCCUCUUCUGGGUGAAGGAGUCGACAGCUUAAUUAAACAUCUCAGCUGCGCUCCUCACCUGUGGUCACUGGGGCUUGAAGAAGUGAAGAUGACUCCACAGCAGGUAAUGGAUCUGUCAUCAGCCAUCAAGCAGCACGGAAACAUCACUGAACUGAAGUCAGACUACCACGUAAGUUUUCCAAUUUUAUCGCAAUUUGUUUCUUUAUUCUUUGUUUACAGU